AGAGGAAUUUGCGCUAGCUUCGGGUGAGCAUCACAUGGUACCCAAGGACCAUAACCCUGUGAAAAUAGCAUCUCAACAAAGUAAUGUCACUAUCAAAGAUGAAAAUGAUUUAGCGCUUUUGGAAGAAUUGGGCACGGGCAAAGAAAAUAAUAUCACCACCAAAUCCACCUCACCACUCAAACAUGCUAGAACUCCCGAAGUAGGUACCUCAGCUAAAGCAGAAGAUCGAUAA